AUGGGAUUCAGCGGGGGACUCCAAAUAACAGAUCUCAACGAUUUUAUAACGCCUGGUCAGGAAUGCAUAAAGCCAGUCAAAGAAUCGAAUCAACCGGCGCAGACAGAGACAGCGCCAGAGCCUGCACCAGAUGCGCCAACGACGCAAAUAUCGAUUGGCGAGAACGGCGAGUAUUUCGAGCAGAACCAAAAGCUCGAGAAGGCUGAAAUAACCCUCAAUGACUGCUUGGCCUGUUCUGGGUGCAUUACAUCAGCAGAGACAGUUCUGAUAGAGUCUCAAUCACACAAGGAGGUGCAAAAGUACCUCAGUAGCACCUCCGAUAAGAAAACUAUGAUCGCAUCCAUCGCUCCCCAGACUCUGGCGUCCAUUUCGGCGUCGUUGGGCAGCACACCGUCAAACGAAAUCUUACUACGGAGACUACGCCACCAACUCAAAGAUAUUGGUUUCGAUUACGUUUUCGAUACCACAUUCAGUCGGCAUUUAUCGCUGGUUGAGAUUGUCAACGAGUUCAACUCGCUCGACCAAUCAAACCGCCUCCUUCUCACUUCGGCUUGUCCCGGAUGGAUCUGUUACGUCGAGAAAACGCACGGUGAGCUUAUCCCCUUCAUCAGCACCACCAAGUCUCCCCAACAAAUUAUGGGGUCGCUUGUGAAAUACUGGUUUAGUCAGCACAUCAACAAGACACCCAGCGAUGUCUACCACGUCACCAUAAUGCCCUGCUACGACAAGAAGCUCGAAGCAUCGCGACAGGAUUUCUACAGCGACUUGUAUCAGACCAGAGAUGUCGACUGUGUGUUAACAUCAGGUGAAAUCGGGUUGUUAUUCGAUACGCCAGUGAAUUUAGAGGUGAACGUGCCAAAUGAAAACAGUUUAUCGUUCGAGGAACAAGUCAUACCUCAUCACAUCCAACACCCUGGCACAUCGUCGGGCUCAUACCUCGAAAACAUCCUUAACUUGCUACGUCUCCAAACACCAAACUUACGACUGGAAACUCAUUCACCUCGCAACUUGGCAGAUUCCGUAGAAUAUCUCCUCAUCAAUGACGAAAAUGAAUGUGUAUUCAAGGGUGCAAAAUGCUACGGUUUCAAGAAUAUACAAAAUUUAGUUCGUAAAGUAGGCAAAGAGAGGGGAGUAAGCAGCGGAAGGGGAGCUGCAGGUCGCAUGGCAGCAAGUCGUGGCAGAGUACGUACUCGUAACACGGGCAAUCCACACGACAGCAAGACAUUAGAUUUCGUCGAAGUGAUGGCCUGUCCGUCAGGGUGCAUUAAUGGAGGAGGGCAACUAAAACCUGGAAUUAGUACAGACAAGGAGGGUAAUGAACGUGAUUGGGAUAGUGAGGGUGUGGCUGUAAAUCCAUCCAAGAACAUCGAAGAGAGUGUGCGGUGGUCUACGAAGAAUUGGAUUGGUAGAGUUGAAGAUAUAUAUUGGCGGGCUAGUGAGGAUUCGAAAACACUUACGGUCUCCCAAGUUGACGCCAAGGCGGGUGAGAUGCUCGCGGCGCUUGCAAAAGAGCACCUCCGGACGGAGUAUCAUGCAGUCGAAUCUGAAACUAGCGGAUUAGCGGUACAGUGGUAG